CACCGCCGUCCAGCAGCCGCGCUUUGACUGGUCCUGGAUCGUCCACAGGCCACCGGGCCACUGUUUCGACAGCCUGACGCCUGCAUUCACUCGCUGGCGGUGCAGCAUGUGGCGUGCAGCGUGCGGGCUCCGUGGAUGCUUCUCUCUGCCGCCUUGAAACGUGCUCGCGCUCGAUGGAAUGAACAGGACUGCAGCAUGGAUGCCGCCGAGGAGGAGCGCAAUCGAGGACCAGCCAGCUUGAUGCCGUUUCUGAGACGCGCCUGGGUGACACUUUGGGCAUGCCACAGUCAUCCGAUGUGCGCCUAUUCGUGCGUCUUGUAUCGUAAUCCGCCCGGGAGCGUUUCUCAUAUCCUGACGUGACUGACUCCAUAUCCGGCCUUCUUGCUCUACCCAGUUUUUUCUCUCUUCUUCUCCCAAUCCAAUUCUCUACUCUUGCUUGCAUCUUUCUUCUUCUCGAUUUGCUUGUUUAUGAUUGAUACGUUCUUUAGCACACUAAUCCAUCACUCGGCACUUGUUUCCUAUUGCUUGGUGUAUGUGCGUCACUUGCCUUGACAGCACACACACACGGUUCAUUCUUUGAUCAAACACACACAAUACACACAGCUCAGCUCGCCUUUCUUUCAUACCCCCUCUCAUAUUCUAAUAUUGCUUCUUGCCCUUUCCUUCCUUUCUUCUACACAAGAUUCUGUUCAACAGCUUGGGCGACUGCUUGGUCAGCCAACAGUUGUGCUGCUACCAGGAAUUCUAUUUU